CAAACUGCACAGGCAAACAAAAGUGCCAAGCAGGAAGCCGGGAAAUAACCUUGGGAGAAGAAACGCGGCUGCUGUCUGGGACCAGAUCACAGAAUUCGUCAGACAGAUUAUAAUUAGUGUUUGAACUCAUGAGCAAAGCAGUUUUUUAGGGCGUCUUGUCGGAGACAUUUUUCACGCAUUUACUGGCUCAGGUGUAUUAGCGGCACAACUGAGAGCGCAGUGUUUGGAGUUCAGUAAUCAUUGAUUAAUCUGAUUUAUUGUGUCAGCGCACAAAGCCUUGUCUGCUUCAUCUAGAGCGCCCGCCCAUUGGGCUUUCUGCGGAGCGAUAGUGGGAGAUUGAUUAUAGUCUCCGGGAUUUGCCGUGGAGAAGGCAGCCUGCUUGGACUGCGAUUUGCUCUCUCAUCAGCGAAGGGGAGGAAAAUUAUAACAGCGACUUAUUUCAGCCUGACUCCACACGGACAGCACUCACUGGUCCCCCUCCUGUGCACAUCUAAGCCUCCUGUCUGUGAUUUUUUUUUUCUCCAAAUACGCGCAAGACAGUCACGCUGGACUUUUGUCUUUUACCGAGGAGGCUGUGAGAGUGAAUCGCCUCCGCAGUCUCGGAUGCGUAGUAAACGGGGAGUGGGUUGGGUCGCCUAGGCGCCUGGCAUACGCACACGUCGUCAGCGAUAAAAAGCGAGAUAGGUGAGGGUGAAAGCGACACCCGAGGCUGUUUUUUUUGGAAAUCGGGAGGACACCGGAGAGGUGAGUCGGACAUCGGCUGUGGAUUUGACUCUUUAGACCCCCCCCCCCCCCCGGCCGCUUUUGUCGCCCGGGGAUCCUGAUUCAGGACCAGCGGUUUAACCACACUGUCAAACCCGACCAGACACCCUCCUCCUCAUCUGAAGGGAAUAUUACAAGUGGAUCUGCGGGGCAACACACAAUGGCAACCGGUGCGCUCCUUCUCGCCUGUGCGCUGCUUGCCAGUGUUGCCGUGGCUCAGAGAGUGGUAACGGUGCAAAGUGGACCGCUAGUACGGACUGAGGGUUCUCACGUGACCAUCUUGUGCAACGUGACGGGCUAUAAAGAGGGAGUGGAGCAGGACUUUGAGUGGUCCAUGUACCUGCCAUCAGCACCGGACAGGGAGAUCCGCAUCGUGAGCACGGCUCAGCCAAACUAUGCCUACGCAGUGUAUGCCCAGAGGGUCAACAGUAAAGAGAUCUACGUGGAGAGGCUGAGUGGCGACUCAGCUGUGCUUCACAUCACCAAAGUGCAGGCAAGGGACCAGGGUCUGUUUGAGUGUUACACGCCCAACACUGAUGGGCGGUACUUGGGAUCCUACAGCGCACGCACCAACCUCACUGUCAUCGCCGACUCGUUGACGGUAACAGCUCCAGCCCAGACUCUCUCCAAGGUUGAAGGUGACACACUACAGCUCACCUGCGAGGUGUCUCGGACCACACUGCAGCACACUCACUUGUCAGUAGGUUGGUACCUGCGGUCCCCAGAGGAUGCGGCCGCAGCACCUCAGGAGUUGGUCACCUUGUCAAGGGACUUUGUCCUGCGCUCCGGAGGACCGUACCGGCAGAGGAUGGCAGCAGGGGACCUCAGGCUGGAUAAAACCAGCGCUACGGCCUACAGACUCACCAUUCACAAGCUGCAGCCGGUGGACCAGGGCCUGCUCUACUGCCAGGCUGCCGAGUGGAUUCAGGACACGGACGGCAGCUGGUUCGCCAUGACCCGCAAGCAGAGUGACAAGACUCAGCUCCGCAUUCAGCCCACUGAUCGGGACUUCAGCAUCCAGGUGAGCACGGAGCGGCGGUCCUUCACGGCCGGUGAGCCGCUGGAGCUUCGCUGCACCAUUGAGGCCCAGAACGUCCCAGAGCGCUUCUUCUCGGUGUCGUGGGUCUUCAGCAGCUCACCGGUGGCCGUGGUGGGCCCCAGUGCCGUGCCUGUCCUGGGCCCCGAUUACAUAGCCCGUGAGGCAGCUGGCCACAUGACCGUGCGUAAAGAGAGCCCCAAUGUGCACUUGCUCAAGCUGCAGCACCUACGCCCUGAAGAUGCUGGGAAAUACAUCUGCCGUGUGACUGAGCGGGAGAAGACGCCCACGGGAGACUUCAUCGACCGCAGCAAGAGGUCCCGCAAUGUCCAGAUCACAGUCCAGCCGCUCAAGAGCAACAUCACAGUGACAUUGUCCAGCAACUCUUCGGAGGUGCUCGAGGGCGAUGUGAUCCAGUUGACCUGCUCAAUCCACUCCACUACAGGCCCGCUGUCAGUUGUCUGGCAGUGGGCAGACAAGCAGGCAACUGGUGCACCCCAGGAGGUGGCCUCCGUGGAUCGUGAUGGCACUGUGUGGCACAGCCCCGCCUACAGAGAGCGCUCCAGUUAUGGGGAGAUCCGCGUGGAGAAGGUGCGAGCUGACGCAUUCUCUCUGUCCCUGUAUAAUGCCUUACCUGGGGACGAAGGCCAGUACCGCUGCACAGCCACCGAGUGGCUUCAGACAGGCACUGAACCAGAGCUAACAUGGGAGAAGAUAGGAGAGAGGGCAGCCACCAAGACCGUCACCGUCAAGACUGUUGAGUCCUCCUUCUCUGUGUCAGCCUCAUCACGGACGCCAUCCGUCACCUUUGGUGACUCCUUUGACCUGCUGUGCCUGGUGAAACCUCGUCACAACCCCCGUGUCCCCACCUCUGUCACCUGGCGCUUCAUGCCGGCUGGCACAGAAGCUGGCGAUGAGGAUCAGGGAGAGUUCAAAGAGCUUGUGACAUUCACUCGAGAGGGCACGCUGCAGUGGGGGGAGCAGCUGCUGGGGCUGGGUACCCGCACUACGGUGGACCGCUCUCACUCCAACACCAACUUCCGUUUGUCAGUGACCCGGGCAGGGCGUCGUGAGGCGGGCAAGUACCAGUGCACCGCCGUCCUGUGGAGGAGGAACUACGACAACAGCUGGAGCAGAGUGGCCAACCGCACUUCCAACUUGCUCGGCAUCAGUGUCCUACAGCCAGAGAGCAAGCUGCGAGUGCAAAAGACCAACCAGUCUCAGGUGUACCUAGAGGACAGCCGCGUCAGGAUCAAUUGCUCCAUCAGCUCCCAGACCAGCCAGGACUCCCAGCAUGCUGUGUUGUGGUACGUGAGGCGCGCCACCGGGUCAGAGGCCGAUGAGCUCCUGUUGAGAAUUGAACGCACAGGGGCCUUUGAGUAUGGUGCUUAUGCAGACGAGGAGAGACUGCGGCGUCGAGUGCAGGCUGAGAGGCUGUCGCCCCGUCUCUACGUGCUGACGCUGAACAGGGCAGAGAACAGCGAUUCUGGGACGUACUACUGCCUAGUGGAAGAGUGGCUGAGCGACCCAGAUGGAGCGUGGUAUCGACUCUCCCGGGAGUCCUCUGGGUUCACACAGGUUCUGGUCAGACAGCCAGAGGUUCGACUGCAGGUGGAGGAAUCUGACUCAAACGUGACAGUGGAAGAGUCCGCCUCUAUCCGACUGGGCUGUAGCAUUCCCUCCCAGUCGUCCCGAGACUCCCGCUUCUCAGUGUCCUGGUAUGUGGAGCGCUCUGAAGAUGAGGACGAUGAGGACCAGCCGGGCGAGGAUGAGAGAGAGUGUGUGUUCUCCAUCGGCCAUGACGCUGUCUUUGGAAAUGGAAACUGCAGUCCCAGAGAGGAGCCAGGGCCAAAUUCCCGCCUGCAGUUUGAGAGGAUGGCCUCUGAACAGUACAGCCUGACCAUUCAAGGAGCGCGGCCAUCAGACGCGGGUCGAUACUACUGUCAUGUAGAGGAGUGGCUGCUAAAUCCCCGUAACGUGUGGUACCGCCUGGCCACCAACAACUCGGGGUUCACUAUUGUCAAUGUAAUGCAACAAGUGUCCACCCUCCAGUCAGUGGUGUGCUCCAACGACUCCCUCUUCUACUUUGUGUUCUUUUACCCUUUCCCCAUCUUUGGCAUCCUCCUUAUUGCCGUGUUGCUAGUGCGCUACAAGAGCCGCAACAACAGCAAGAGUCAAGAAGGCAAGAACGGCGCCCCUCUCCUGUGGAUUAAAGAACCUCACCUCAGUUACUCUCCCACUUGUCUGGACCCACCUGCGCUCAGCCUGCACCCUGGCUCUGUCGACUAAGUGAGGGCGCCCCCCCCCCCCCUCCUGACUCACGCACAUUGCGUAUCCAGCCAACACAAUGCCAGGGAGCAGAUCUGGACUCCACCUUCAGACCUUACUGUCGUUCACUGCUGUGUUGAAUUAGUUGAUCAUUUUAAAAACCCUACCCCUGGUGGCUGCUUGUUUUACGUUAACUGUGUGUGCUUGGGUGUGUGCGUGUGGACUUGAAUGGGUGUGCCAUGUUAGCACAAUUAAUUGUGCGAGUGCGAAUUGAAGGACAGGAGAGUAGCCUCUCCCGUUUUUUUCGUUUUCAGUGAAACUCAUAGCUGCAUUUUGAUUUUUAUUAAUCUGAAUAUCUGUCUAUUUUUCAAAAGAGAAAAAGAAAAAAAAUACUGCGCACAUGAGAUCAUCGGCCAAUCCUGGGAACAACAUUUAAGAGAAGGAACUCUAUAAUCGACUCCGGUACUGGCAGUGGAUGCCAAAAAAGUCUCCACACUGAUCCAAGAGCAGCCACAGCCUGGCCCACUAUGUUGGUUGCCAUAGUGAUUCUGUGCGCCCACUGACUCCGUAGCUGAUGACUUGGUUGCCAGCCUGCAUAGAGACAAAGGCAAGGACACACAAGUCUGUGUCCUAAGUGAGGAUGUGUGUAUGUGUGUUGGCCCACCUGCCUGCACAAUGAAUUUGCCUUGGCAGACAGAAACAGGUCCUCGUGCACCACUCAAACACUGCCAGACACUCUGGCCUUAGUGAGAGACUGCUCCGCUCUUCUCCUCUAUCCUCCCCAAAAAAAAGAGGAGAGAGAAAGAGAUGGAGGAACGUCGGGAAUGAUGAGGAGUAAAUGAACAGCGCUCUCCCGCUGAGGAUAUACGUACUCUCACAUAAGGGAUUUUUCUUUCCAGUGCCAAGACCUCCUUAUUUUCGAUGCUGUUCUCUGCAGCUGAUGUUUGAAGUUUUAAAGAGUCGCGGAGCUGAUUGGUUUUUGAGGCAGAUUGUAAAUAUGUCUCCUUACCUCCUGCUGUGGGUUUAUGGGCCUUGAGGGCAAAAGGGCAAUUUUUACACUCAUGUUCAAUCAGUUGAAUUGUCCUCUUUAGAUUACACAGUGGGGGUUAUUGACUGAAACUAAAUUCUUGCACAUUUCUUUAGGUUGCCCAGUAUGACCACUCCGUCCAGUCUUUAAAAGAUCUCAAAAGCUCAAAAGAAGCAUAUGAGUUAAAAAAAAGACUUUUGAUUUGUUAGAGCCACACUGAAGAUUAUAGAUGUGUAGUAGAACACUUGAAAAUGUUAUCUGCACAUUAUGAGAAAACAAACAGAUGGGCGGGGACAAAUGUUUGACUUUUGUGUUUAUUUUAAAGAUUUUUCUAUUUAUUGUUUUUUACUACUUUGCAUAGCUUUGUAAGAUUUUUUUUUCUUUUUGCUUUGAAAUUCUCUAAGAACUGUGCUGCUUGUGUUGCCAGGCAACUGCACCAAGCAGAUUAUGUCAAUAGCCUGUGUGUUGGCAAUGUGGUAGAUGUAGAAAUGCUAGAUUUGUCCUGCGCAUUGCAGUCUGUAGCAUUUCAUACCAGAUUGUCAAGUUUGGUCAGUGUCGAAACACUGUAUAUCUAUACCUAUAAUGAAAAUGACUGUGGCUUUUACAUGUACAAUAGACGACCAGACGAGUCACAAAAAUGAAUUCACUUAAUGCUUUUUGCUUGAGUCGCGUUUAUUUAGUGAAAUGUGAUGUAACACCUAGGUAGGAUGUUUGAUCAAAGACGACUGAAACCGAACUGUUAAGACGUCUUUCUAAUCACGGAUUCUAGCUGAAGGCGUCAUCCUCGGCUCCCCUGAUGCAAGGCAGAGGGGUUGAAAAUCUGUGCCACCUUCCCUGGAAUGCAACAGCCAGGAGAGGUGUGAAAUCCUCUACCCUCAACCUGGGCCUAACCCUUUCACUGCCAGACAGGACAUAAAAACUAUUGAAAAACUUGACAUUGUUGUCUCAAUCGUGUCAACAUGUAUAUUGCAUGACAAUACUGCAGGAGGAAUUUUGAUGUUUUGUAAACUUUGAACUCUUUGAGCAUUGUGUUUGUGUGACAGAGCAGUGCCCCCCUCCUUCCCGUUCUGACUUCCUGAGCCAAGAGUCAACACAAAACCCAGUCCCUCGUCAUCUACAAUAUUUGACUGCCAAUUCCAGAUGCCCUUUGAAAACCUGUGAAGUAAUCUAUUUCAAGAAUGGGUGUUGUGGAGAUUGUGUUUGAUAUUAUUGCUCAUAUCUGUCUUUUUAAUGCUUUGCUUUUAUGCAGCACUUCAUUAAACAGAUUUAUGUCCAAAAAAAGUAUGGAGCCGAUGCUGACACAAGCAUUUCAACUUCACUUUUUUCAAGGUAUCCUGUCCAUUUCAAAUAGGCCACACUAUUCCAUGUGGAGCAAGGCCGGUGCUGCUCAGUCGGGGGAGUUGAAAAUGUGAUGCAUGUGCAGCAAAUUCAGCUACAACUGGAUCAAUUAGUGUCUUCAAAGAAAAGGUUCAUCGAUUAGCUGCUCUGCUACUCAUUAUUAACCAUGUGUUUACAAGUGUUUUCAUAGAGUACAAGGUGCUGGACCACAGCAGCACACAAUGGAAAAAGACUAGUAGUACACACUGAAUAUUGCAAACUAUUAAAUACAUCAGGCUGGUUAUUAGUACUCAGUACCCUCUAAGGUAACAAUCCCUGCAUUCAAUCCUUUUCGACCUAGAUCUAGAAAAACAUGACUAUUUGUUUGGUUUUGCUCGCAGCCAAUCAAUGCAAGCAUUUUUCAGUUUGAUGACACGUGAUUGGCCUACUACUUCAGCAGCUAAAACCCAUACAGUCUUACCCCUUUGCACCAACAUGGCACAAGUUCUGUUCGAGUUCUCGUACCUAAUUUUGAACUAUUUGGAGCAAUUUUACCAAAGAAUAAAUUAGUUUAGAACUGAAAAACUUUGUUCUUAGCUGGAACCAAAAAAAUAGGUUUUCCUUGAACUAAAGUGCGAACCAUGUCAACAUCAGUGUAUUCUACAGGUUGGAAAGAGAGGAUGGAGAAGGCAACAAUAGAGCUGUUAAGUGAGUUAUAACAGAACAAAAACUGCAGUUAAUCAAGGACAUCAUCUUGUUUUUUCUGUUUACUUCUAUUGUGCAUUGCACAACACUCUCCGUUGAUGACGCCUCCUUUUUUUCUUCUUUUUUUUUUAAAGAUUAUUUAAAUGGCUUUUUUGCCUAUUUGAUAGGGCAGCUUAGGCCUGAAAGUGGAAGAGAGAAGGGAUGACGUGCAUCAAAGGGCCGAGGCCAGAAUUGAACCCACAGUGGCUGUGGCGAGAACAAAGCCUUUGUACAUGGGACACCUGCUCUACCAACUGAGCAACUGGCUGCCCCUUGAUGACACCUCCUUGGCUACAAUGGUUUCAUUCAAAACAGUUGGAAACGCGGGCUGGUGCGCUUGAUAGCACCACAGCUCCAAGAAUCCUGAAUGUAACCAGUUUAAGAACCAAAGCUGAUUUGGUGGGAAAGGGGUAUCUGUGAUGUGCUGAGUUCGAGCGUGUCUCUGUUUGCCAGAGUUGGCAAUUCAAUGUGCCAAAACAAUGAAAAUUAUGUCUAUACUACAUGCCCAUAGCAUCUGGUGCCAUUUUACACAACUGAAUGCUUCCAUUCACAUUAUGGGUAUCAAAUUAAGUGGACAUUUUGAAAAGGUAUCAAAUGAAAUACUCCGUUAUCAGUGUCACUUUGAGAGUACUGGUGUUGUAAUUUUUUGUUUUCUAUUUAUAAGGCAAUAUUUUGACCAUUGAAGUCAUUUUCAGGCAAACAUCCAGAGAAAACAGAACAUGACAACUCUAACUACUAUUACAAGAACACAUGAUACAUGUAAUAAUUUGUGUAAGCCAAACAAUAAAUCACUACAAACUAAUUUGGCAGCUAAGCUAAAGCUCUCUAUUGCAUAUG